AUGUUGGCGACGUUGGAGACGGAGGAGCAGUGUGUGGACGAGUUGAUGCACGCGGAGGGGUUGUUCGAUUUGGAGGAGGUGGGAGGAGGGGGGGAGGGGGUGGAGGGGUUGUUGGGAGUGGGUGAGGGGGGGUUGUUGUCGGAGGAGGAGGGGGAGGAGGGGGGAGAGGAGGAGGAGGAGGAGUUGUCGGAGAGGGGGGAGAAAGAGAGGAGGGAGAGGGAGGAGGAGGAGUUGUUCGAUCGAAUGUAUAUGGAGUAUUUGAUGAAGGUUAGGACGAGCAAGAGGAGGGCGAUAGAGAGGCUGAGGGAGUCGGCGAGAGCCGAUGCGAGCUUCGUGAAGGAGGGGAGGGGGUUGGGAGAGGAGGAGGAGGGAGAGGAGGAGGAGGAGGGGGAGAGAGAGACGUGUGGGCCGGGGGGGGCGAGUGAGCUGUGGUUUUCGCAGGAGGUGUUUCGGGAGUACGACGAGGACGGACAGGAGGAGGAGGAGUUGAGAAGGUGUUUGGACGAGAAGCGCGAGGAGGAGGGGCGCGAAGAGAAGGAGCGCAAGGAGAAGGAGCGCAAGGAGAAGGAGCGCGAGGAGGAGAGGCGCGUUGGGUUGGAGGAGGAGGAGGUGGUGGUGGAGGAGGAGGAGGAGGAGGGGGAAGAGGUGGAGGAUGGGUACGAUACGGACGAGAAGGCGGAGAUUAUGGCGUUGGCGAAGAAGUUGUCGGAUCCCACGCAGAGGAGUGAGUUGUUAUCGUUGACGUUGUCGCGUCGUCAGUUUAGCGACACGGACGUGCUUCCGGACUGGUUCGUGGACGAGGAGCAGGCGUACAACCGUCCGAACCUCCCGAUUACGAAGGAGGCGUUUGAGAGAAUGAAGGCGCAGUUGAGGGCGAUUAACGCGCGAUGCAGCAGGCGCGUGGCGGAGGCGCAGGCUCGCCGAAAGAAGAGGCAGAACGAGCAUUUGGAGAGGUCGAAGGCGCAGGCGAUGAAGGUGAUGGGUCGAGAGGAGAUGUCGGAGGCGUCUAAGCGCCGCCAGGUGGAGCGGAUUUUCGCGAAGGCGAAGGCGAAGUUCAGGCCGAGCAAGAUAUACGUGGUGGCGGGGAGUGGCAAGAGGGUGGUGAGGCGCAGGGGUGAGUGCGGGAGGAAGAGUUUGAGGUUCGUGGACAAGCGUCUGAAGAAGGACAAGAGGAAGCGAGAGCGAAAGAAAUAA